AUGGGCUUCACCACCGGCUUCCUCGGAGGCGUCACCCUCACAUCCGCAGUCCUCUAUCUCACAAUAUCGCUGCACGCACAAAACCGCGCAACGCAAGCCGCACUGUUACGACAGCAGCGCCGGGUACUUGCCGAGUUCUACGAGCCCAAGAAGCCAGAGCCAGAUCCGACAAGCCGGGAGGCCCCAGUAGGUUUGGCUGAGAUGGCAAAAGACCGCUGGAACAGGAGCCUCGAGGAGGGUGUCAAGAAGGUGUACAGCACCGACUGGAGGAGAGUACGCGAGGAUGUCGAGGACAGGGCGAGCGUCAUUCUGCAGAAAAUCAGAGACAGCACCAAAUGA